AUGACAGUUCCUAUCGACCCCGUAAUCGACACCCCUCCGCGGGCACCCUCCCCUGUUCACGGCUUCGGAACCCUUGCCGUUCACGCCGGUGCUCCCCACGAUCCUGUCACCGGUGCCGUCAUUGAGCCUAUUUCCUUAUCUACUACCUUCGAACAAUCCGCCGUCGGAAAGCCUGUUGGCUUGUAUGAAUACUCGCGUAGUUCAAAUCCUAAUCGCGACAACUUCGAGAAAGCCGUCGCUGCGCUAGAACAUGCAAAAUACGCACUGGCCUUUGGUAGUGGAAGUGCGGCUACUGCUACUAUUCUUCAAAGCCUGGCUCAAGGUUCCCACGUAAUAAGCGUGAGUGAUGUAUAUGGUGGUACGCACCGCUACUUUACUCGCGUCGCCAAAGCCCACGGUGUUACCGUUACAUUUACCCCGCAGAUCGAGGUCGAUAUCGCCGAACAUAUCAGAGACAACACGAAGCUGAUAUGGAUCGAGACCCCCAGCAAUCCUACCUUGAGGCUCGUUGAUAUCCGGGCUGUGGCCUCGGCAGCCCAUGCACGAGGUGUUGCCGUCGUCGUCGACAAUACCUUUUUAAGCCCCUACGUACAAAACCCACUGGACCAUGGUGCCGACAUUGUUGUCCACAGCGUCACGAAAUACAUCAAUGGACAUAGUGAUGUGGUAAUGGGAUUGGCCGCUUUCAACUCGGACGAGUUGCGAGAACGGUUGGCUUUCCUACAGAAUGCUUGUGGUGGUGUACCAUCCGCCUUCGACUGCUGGCUUGCUCAUCGAGGUGUGAAGACGUUACAUCUAAGAGUCAAGCAGUCAAGUGCAAACGCUACGGCCGUGGCAAAGGCUUUAGAAGCUAGCCCUUAUGUCAUUGCCGUCAAUUAUCCCGGCCUAGACUCUCACCCACACCGCCAUAUUGCUUUGAAGCAGCACCGAGACGGCAUGGGUGGUGGCAUGCUUUCAUUCCGGAUUCAAGGUGGUCGCGUCGCAGCAGAGCGGUUCUGCCAACUGACCAAGAUCUUCACGCUAGCUGAAAGCCUUGGUGGUAUCGAAAGUCUGGUGGAGCUACCGAGCGCCAUGACGCAUGCUGGUAUUCCCAAGGAUCAGCGGGAAGCUGUGGGCGUUUUCGAUGACCUCGUUCGUGUCAGCAGCGGUAUUGAAGAACCCGAGGACUUGCUCCGUGAUAUCCAGCAGGCACUAGAGAAGGCGAUACAAGAGACUGCCUCUCAUUCGAGCAAUGGUGUUAACGGCGUCAACGGGCACGGGCAAAGCUAG